AGCGUCCCUCGUCCAUCCAUCCUGCCCGGCUUCCCCGACCCGCCCUCUCGGCUCUGCUCUCUGCUCUGCUCUCGGCUGGGCAGCGAUGCUGUAGAUGCGGCAGACUGCUGGAGCAGACACUCUGAACCUGAAUGCAGCAGCCGGGGAGGAUAGCAACAUCCUGACAGACACACACCGCGGAGACAUUCCACUCUACAGCAGUCAAUACAGCCACUAUGGACAAUAAGGCAUUGGAACCUGACUCUUUGAGUAUCCCCAUGGAAGAAACCAUUGUGUGUAAUGGAGAUGGCCAGCCUCAGCAGCAGCAGGAAGUGUCCAUACUGACCCACCUGAAGAAGGUUGAGAACCAGAUCACUGAAGCGCAGCGUUUCUCCCACCUACCCAAACGCUCAGCCGUGGACCUGGAGUUCAACAACGUUUCCUACACCAUCCGGGAGGGAGCAUGCUGGAAGAGGAGAGGUUACAAAGCCUUACUGAAGUGCCUGUCCGGAAAGUUCUGCACUCGGGAGCUGAUAGGAAUCCUGGGGCCCUCUGGGGCCGGGAAGUCCACCUUAAUGAAUAUUCUAGCUGGAUACAGGGAAUCAGGGAUGAAGGGUCAGAUCCUGGUAAAUGGAAAACCCAGGGACCUGAGGAAAUUCAGGAAAAUGUCCUGCUACAUCAUGCAGGAAGACAUGCUGCUGCCACACCUCACUGCACUAGAGGCCAUGAUGGUUUCAGCUAACUUAAAGCUGAAUGAAACUAUGGAUGUGAAGAAAGAACUGGUGAAUGAGAUUCUGACUGCCCUGGGACUCCUUGACUGUGCUUACACUCGUACCAGCUCUCUGUCCGGUGGUCAGUGUAAACGUCUGGCCAUCGCCCUCGAACUGGUCAACAAUCCUCCAGUCAUGUUCUUUGAUGAGCCAACCAGUGGCUUAGACAGUGCGUCAUGCUACCAGGUGGUCUCACUAAUGCGCUCUCUGGCGCUGGGAGGACGGACCAUCAUCUGCACCAUCCACCAGCCCAGUGCCAAACUGUUUGAGAUGUUUGACAAGCUUUACAUUCUCAGUCAGGGACAGUGUAUCUACAAAGGCACAGUCCCUUACCUAAUCCCUUAUCUGAAGACUCUGGGCCUUUACUGUCCUACCUACCACAACCCUGCAGACUUCAUCAUUGAAGUGGCAUCAGGAGAGUAUGGAGACCUGAAUCCGGUGCUGUUUGAGGCAGUCCAGGGUGGAAUGUGUGCAUUAGAGGAGAAGAAGAAUCAAUGUGAAAACAAUGGCACAUCUGUCUGUGCAACAAAGUGCCAAAAGGAUGCCGGACACAUAGAGAGACAUACGUUUGCCACAAGCACAUUAACACAGUUCUGUAUCCUCUUCAAGAGAACCUUCAUUACUAUAUGUCGAGACCAGGUUUUGACCCGCCUCAGACUGAUCUCCCACAUCGCCAUUGGUGUGUUAAUAGGCUUGCUCUAUCUGAACAUCGGCAAUGACGCGAGCAAGGUCUUUAACAACACUGGGUUCCUCUUCUUCUCUAUGCUCUUUAUCAUGUUUGGAGCGCUCAUGCCGACCGUGUUGACCUUUCCUCUAGAGAUGUCUGUUUUCCUGAGGGAACAUCUAAACUACUGGUACAGCCUGAAAGCUUACUACCUGGCUAAAACCAUGGCUGAUAUCCCAUUCCAGGUGAUCUGCCCCAUCAUGUACUGCAGCAUAGUGUACUGGAUGACGAAGCAGCCCCCGGAGGCCACCCGCUACCUCCUCUUCCUCGCCCUGUCCAUCUGCACGGCCCUGGUAGCUCAGUCUCUGGGCCUUCUGGUGGGGGCUGCCUCCCCCUCACUACAGGUAGCUACAUUUGUUGGACCUGUCACAGCUAUCCCUGUGCUACUGUUCUCUGGAUUCUUUGUGAACUUUGACACGAUCCCCAAGUACCUGCAGUGGAGCUCGUACGUUUCUUAUGUCAGAUACGGCUUUGAAGGCGUGAUCCUGUCCAUCUACGGGAUGAACCGCUCAGAACUGGAGUGUCCAGGGAAGGUGUGUAAGUUCCAGCGGCCUGAAGAGGUUCUGCAGUUAUUGGACGUAGAGGACGCAAAGCUCUACAUGGAUUUCAUCGUGCUGGGCAUUUUCUUCCUCAUCCUGCGGCUCGGCACCUACCUUGUCCUCCGCUACAAGGUCAAGUCUGAGCGAUAGGUUUUCGUACGAAAUUACCUGCUCUGUUUUCUGUGCACACAAACAACCUCUUGUGUGGGAAUUUGUUGCGAUUCAUUGUACACAUCGCUGCUAAAAGGGCGGAACAUGAAAUCUGUUCUACUGCCAAACACCACGCAGUGACUGAUAACGCAGUGCCAUCUUAGAAAUCAACAUCUACCUGUACCUGCUUUACCUCAGCGACAGAACCCGUGUGCACAAAGCCAGAUCAGCAGUGAGGAAGAUAAAGAGACUGAGCCGCUUUCAGCAGCCUCCAUUAUAUAUUUCAUAAUCCUGUAAUAGAGUUUUUAAAGGCAGCCGGAUCUGAUGCGGUUGCUCUUAUUUGAAUGCAUGUUUAUUCUAAACCGCCAUUCUGUCAGUGUAGAGUUUAAGGGCUAUGGUCCACAAGACUCGCUCCUUAAGAAAAGCAAAUACAGAGUGUUUACUUUGUUCUAUUGUAAAACAUUUAAAAAAACCUGAGGACAAAUUGUUGCACUGGAAAAUAACUUGUGUUUUGUGUAGGGUGACCAGGUGUCCCGCUUUGUGGCGGACUGCACAGCAUUUGUAUAACCAAAACAGGUUAAACAAACAGAGAAGGUAACAGCAGCUGAAAUAAAUAAUGUUUAGAAGUCACGUGUUUUACCUCUUAAAAGAGUCCUGUGCCUGGAGAGUAGGGCUGUGCGAUUAUGGCAAAAAUCAUAAUCACGAUUAUUUGGGUCAAUAAUUGAUAUCACGAUUAUUUUGACGAUUAUUCAUUGACCAUUUAUUGAACUUUAAAACAAAUAAUAUUUUACCAAUAAACAAGAUCAACAAAUAUGUUGGAGCGCACUUCCAAAACC